GCCCUGAGCUAUUCUAGCCACCCCUCCCCCCGCUCCGUCUCACCAUUCCCUCUCGUCUAGCUCCAGUAUCUCUAUCAAUCCUCUCACUGUAACCUAUACACCCUACCGACGGCCACUUCGAACAACAUCACACAUAUCCAGUGUAGCAGAUUCUAGACAAUGUCGAAUAACGACUACUACGGUGGAGGUGGUGGAGGAGGCUACGGCCAGCACCAGCAGCAACCUCCUCCUGACUACGGCUACAACCCAGGCAACCAGUAUGGUUCGCCUGCCCCUCAGCAGCAAUACCAGCCGCCUCACGAUCAAUACGGCGGCGGAAACCCCUACCCACCUCAGCAGGGCGGCUAUCCUCCACAGCAUGACUCGUAUCAGCAGCACCAGCAACAAGGCUAUCCACCUCAGCAGCCGGGCUAUCAGCAAGACUACCAGCAGCACCAGCAAGUAGCUCCCUACAACCACGAGCAAGACCGUGGUCCUUCUCCAUACCCGCCUCAGGGCCAACCUCACGGCCAGCCUCCGUAUGGCCAGCAACAACAUGGCCAACCAGGCUACGGUCAUCAAGAUCAAGCGCCUGGCGCAUACGGACCCGGAGGUGCUCAAGAUGGCGAGCGCGGUCUUGGUGCGACGCUUGGAGGCGGCGCCCUCGGCGCUUUUGCAGGCCACAAGCUGGGCGGUGGUGCGCUAGGGACCAUCGGAGGUAUUGUCGCGGGUGCCAUAGGUGCAAACGUCCUGGAGAACAGCCAUGACAAGUACGCACACCUGCCCUUUCUGUAACGUGUCCAACUAACAAACCCAGGCACAAGAAGAAGAAGAAGCACGGCAAGGAGCACAAGCAUAAACACUCCCAUGGCAGCCACGGUAGUGGAUAUGCAGGGUCUGCAGCUCUUGGUGGACUGGCCGCACACCAUGGCCAUGGCCAUCACAAGAAGCACCGCUCACGUAGUCGCGGAGGAGGCAGCAGCAGCUCAUCGUCCA